GCGAAGGGGGCGGGGAGGGCGGGGGCGCGCGGAGGCGGCCACCGGACCCCGCCCCACGAACCCCUCGGUUACUCUGGUUACGGCGAAACGCCUCCGGUCCCCCGGGCUGCACCGCCUCCGCCCGCGCCGACGGAAGAGACGACCCACAGCAACCUCGACGUUGCCGUAGACCAAUCCCGAGCGUCCGCGGCCCUCGGGAAGAAGGAGGGCGGCUCGUAACUGCCCCCACCCCCGCCACCAGACCCGCUUGGCCCCAGACCGGGAUGGUCCGGCGUGCGCCGAUCCCCGGCUGAAUCAGAGAGGACUCCCGCGGCUCCCCGCUCGCCUGGUGCGCCCGUUCCACCGGUGACAUCCCGUGGCCGUCUCAGGGUCUGAUCCGGCUGGGAUGCUCGGGCAGCGUCCCUUCGGUGUCCUCCCUCCCACAGCCCCGAGCGCCCGCUGCCCCUGCCCGGCCCGUGCGUGCCCGGCACGCUGAGCUCAGGCCGCUUCGUGCGUCUCCUCCCCCUCGGGACCCGCGAAGAGCGACUGCGUCGGGCCCCCACGCCUCGCCACCUCCCCCGCGGACCCCCCCCCCCCCCCCCCGCCUCCCCCACCUCACCUGUAGGCGAGGGUCAGUCCGAGGAGUGCCGCGGUCUUCUGCCGGUGACCUGCAGGGGAGCGGAACUUUCCCACCAGCUGCUCGGGAAGCGAGUUUAUUGGCUCCGUGCGCUUUCACGUCGUUAUCUUUGAUCUAAAUUGUAACGCUGUGUAUGGGAAUUUGGGGUGCUCGUAUCGUUAGGAAACUUGACCGGGGCUCCUCGUUUCCAGAGGCAGCUGAAUGGGCAGACCACGCGGCUUGUAGCGAGAAAGAAGUUCCACGGAGACCCCCCUCCCCAGCCGACCCCCCCAAACAACGUCUACCAUGUGGACUUUUCUCGGGAUUGCCACUUUCACCUACUUUUAUAAGAAAUGUGGGGACUUUGUAACUUACGCCAACAAGGAGCUGUUCUUGUGUGUGCUAGUGUUUUUUUCUUUGGGUAUGGUGCUGUCUUACCGCUACCAUUAUCGGAAUGGAGGACUCCUUAGGCAACAGCAGAAAAAGUCUCAAUUUGGGCUUUUGUCUGACAUCCUUUCGGCCUUGCCAUUUGUUGGCUUUUUCUGGACAAAGUCGCCUUCUGGAUCUGCGCAGAAAGAGCAACUCAAAUCCAGGAAGGGCAGAAAGGAAGUGGAGGCUCCAGAGUCAACCCUGCUAGGAACAGUUGUAUCUACACUAGUGACUUCUGAGUGUGACCCAGAAGUUAUUAUUGUGGGAUCAGGUGUACUUGGGUCUGCUUUAGCUACAGUACUUGCCAGAGAUGGAAGAAAAGUGACAGUAAUUGAGAGAGAUUUAAAAGAGCCUGACAGGAUCCUUGGAGAAUUGUUACAGCCAGGAGGAUUUUGUGCUCUUAAAGACCUGGGUCUUGAAGGUACAGUGGAAGGCAUUGACGCCCACGUUGUACAUGGCUAUGUGAUUCAUAACCAAGGGUGCACAGAAGAAGUUGAAGUUCCAUUCCCACACUCAGCAAACAGUCAGGUGCAGAGUGGCCGAGCGUUCCAUCAUGGACGGUUCAUCAUGAAUCUCCGAAGGGCAGCUAUGGCAGAACCCAAUACAAAGUACAUUGAAGGAGUUGUGUUGAAAUUGCUAGAGGAAGAUGAUGUUGUGAUGGGAGUUCAGUACAGAGAGAAAGAAACUGGAGAUAUCAAGGAACUCCGUGCACCAUUGACAGUUGUUGCGGAUGGGCUUUUCUCCAAGUUCAGGAAAAAUCUGGUCUCUAGUACAGUGUCUGUCAAAUCCCAUUUUGUUGGCUUCCUUAUGAAGGAUGUGCCACAAUUUAAAGCAAAUCAUGCUGAACUCGUUUUAGCAGAUCCCAGUCCAGUUCUUAUCUAUCAGAUUUCAUCCAGUGAAACUCGAGUUCUUGUUGAUAUUCGUGGAGAAAUGCCAAGAGACUUAAGAGAUUAUAUGGUAGAGAACAUUUAUCCUCAGUUACCUGAUCAUGUAAAAGAACCAUUCCUAGAGGGAAUUCAGAAUGAUCGUUUGAGGUCUAUGCCUGCAAGUUUCCUUCCUCCUUCACCAGUAAACAAAAGAGGUGCUCUAAUUUUGGGAGAUGCCUAUAACAUACGACAUCCUCUUACUGGUGGGGGAAUGACUGUUGUUUUCAAUGACAUAAAAAUAUGGAGGAGCCUGUUAAAGAGCAUUCCUGACCUUUACGAUGAGAGUGCACUUCUCCAGGCCCAAAAUUCAUUCUAUCGGUCAAGAAGAAAGUCCCAUUCAUUUGUUGUGAAUGUUCUUGCUCAGGCUCUUUAUGAAUUAUUUUCUGGCACAGAUGAGACCCUGCGCCAGUUAAGAAGAGCAUGUUUCUGUUACUUCAAGCUUGGUGGACAAUGUAUUGCUGGUCCAGUUGGGUUACUCUCUGUAUUGUCGCCUAAUCCCAUGACUCUACUUGGACAUUUUUUUGCAGUUGCUUUGUAUGCUGUUUACUUUUGUUUUAAGACAGAACCCUGGAUUACAAAGCCACGAGCCUUUUUCAGCAGUGGUGCUAUCUUCUACAAAGCUUGCUGUGUCAUAUUUCCUCUCAUUUAUUCAGAAAUUAAAUACUUACAUUAAACUUAAGGGAAGCCCAUUAGAGAAUGAAUACAUGGAAUUCACCAAGCCUUAAGAGACUCUGGGAGGAUUUGUACUGCUGAACAUUAUACUAUUGCUAAAACACAGACACUUGGGCAAGAUGGGGAUUAAUUUGUUUUUGACCACCUAUGUGUGUAAACAGUUGUAAAUAAAUGUUUUGCUUUGUGAUUAAAAUGAAGACUGUUAGAUACCUAAGAGAAAUGGUUGUUAAAUCACAAAUCAGUUUUAAGUCCUGAUAGUGAGAACAUGUUUCCUUUUGGGAUUCAUUAUGUUUAAUAUGUGAAAAUGUUGACUAUGCAAAUAAACUAAAUGAUGAUUGAAAUCUUA